AUGUACGCGUCGUUUAUCACACCGCAGUACAUUCUGAGCCACACUUUCACGCACCCAGAUGGUGUGACUGGUACAGUGUUAUGCAGAUUGCUAACGGGUGGAAACUUUGCAUGGGUCGGAGCAGCUUCAUCUGUUUUUACUUUAGCUAAUAUCUCCAUCGAACGCUAUUACGUCGUGAUGUACCCUCUUGGUAACAAAGGGAAACUUAGCGAACGUAAACUGAUGGUCAUCAUCCCUGGUGCUUGGAUAUUUUCCUUAAUCGUAAACAUCCCUGUAUUCCUGGUUGUGAACUUUGAUAAUGAAAGUGGAACCUGCGCCAGAGAAUGGCCCGAGAAGUGGAUGCCAAGAGCUUACAACGUGGCGUGGUUUGUAAUCUUGGCAGUUAUUCCUUUAACACUGAUGGUUGGUUUUUACUCCAGAGUCAUAUACACUCUGUGGUUCAAACAGAUUGACGACAGUGCACUUACACACCAACAAAAGGGUGUGCUGAGAGUACGGAAGCGAGUAACACUAGCUGUUGUCGUUGUCAGUGUAAUCUUUGGAAUCUGUUGGAUAACCGACUCGAUAGUCUACAUCGUGAGCCAUUUCAACACAGACAGUUUUGGUGCAGCCGUAUAUUCCAUUUCAAACACGAUGAUCAUGUUUAAUUCUGCGGUCAACCCGUUUGUAUACGCUCUGCUAAACCAACGAUUCAGAGAGAAGAUCAAGAGCACAAUAACCUGUAAGGCUUCGAGUAGAGCCAGAGUUCACCCUACAAGGUCCGAGCCCCCUACCAUGGAGUUGGCCAACAGUACCAGCCGCGACCGUUCUGCUGAAUGCUAG